GCUGCGCUUAUUAGCAUUUAAUUAAUAUCGUGUAUUUUACAAAAAGACGAGACCACCGAGUUCGUCGCGCGUCGAGGAAGUGUCCGCGUGCUGCGAUCGCCAUGAGGAACUUGCAUUCCGGUUAUUUUGUCACGCACUCCGUAUGAUUGGCGCGCACACACGGGGAUAACGGUCCAGCAAAGUGGGCUGUGUUUUUGACAGCUAAAGUGCGAACGUGAACAGCGAAGCCAAUGCCAGGCGUAUCGCGAUGGUCGAAAACUGCUUCGGCAGUUCUGGCCAGCCACUCGCGGUACCUGGCAGGGUUUUGGUGGGAGAAGGUGUCCUGACAAAAAUGUGCAGGAAGAAGCCAAAGCCGAGACAGUUCUUCCUGUUUAAUGACAUAUUGGUUUAUGGGAAUAUCGUAAUAAAUAAGAAAAAGUACAACAAGCAGCAUAUAAUACCACUAGAAGAGGUAAAAUUAGAGUCUCUAGCUGAUGAAGGUCAAUAUCGUAAUGGAUGGCUCAUUAAGACAGUAACAAAGUCGUUUGCUGUUUAUGCUGCUACCGCAACAGAGAAGCAAGAAUGGAUGGCACAUAUUACAAAAUGCAUUGAGGAUUUAUUAAGAAAGAGUGGCAAGAAACCUGUUGAAAUUCAUGCAGCAGUUUGGGUACCCGAUAAUGAAGCUACGAUUUGUAUGCACUGUAAUAAAACACAAUUUACGGUAUUAAACAGACGGCAUCACUGUAGGCAAUGCGGUGCAGUAGUCUGUGGGCCUUGCAGUAAUAAAAAGUUAUUGCUACCUGGGCAAGGAAAUGGGAAAGCUGUUAGGGUCUGUCUACAAUGCUACGAUGCUGCUAGUAAAGUCAAAGCUUCACCUCCAAUUGCUGUGGAUGGUCUAAAUAAAGAUCCUCAACGUAAUUCUGCUGAUAGCUCGGGAGGAGACAGUUCUGGAGACGACGACGAGGGAAAUAAGGAGGAGAAUCAUGAUGAGCCUAAAUUCUAUUCCACGCUCGGCCGAUGAAGAUGUUUAUAAGUUGCACCUAACAAUGAAAGAGAUACAAACAUUUUACAGAAAAAAACUUUUUUGAAAACCCAUAAUAUACAACUAUCGUGAAUAGAAAAGUUUGCAGGAGUAUCCUUAGAAAUAUUAUGAAACAAUGUGUGCAAAGAACUGAGGAAAGAUAUAUAUGUACAAAUAUGAGAUAUGAUUUGUGCUAAAGAUCGCAGCGUGUUCAUCGCUAGAUUUGUAUGUCUUAUUGAUAUUAUAAACUUCUGCAGCUUUAUUAAUGACGGAUACUCUAAUUUGUUAACGGGAACCAAACGAGAAAAUGUCAAGUAUGUACAGGUGAUUAUGAAGUUAUAAGAAGUUCUAAUGUUUCUCCUAAACAUUUCAUUAAUAAAUCGUUAGAGAUAGUUAUCGACAGAAGUUUAUAAUUGCAAACAUUAUUACAUCAAUCGAACUCAAUAGUGAGUGUAAUUAGAUACAUUUUUCACCGAUGUAUGUAUAUUAAAAAUAUAUGCCACAUUGUGCCUUUUA